AUGAUGACGCGAACCACCGUUGGGCCGAUCUUAUCACAGUUACAGAGCUCCGAGUCGGCCUCCUCGCAGAUAGCUCUGCUGCGAACCUUGAAGAAUGAAUUGAUCGGUCAUGACGAGCGCAAGGAAGCGUCCAUUAUCGCCGGCAUCAUCCCGACUCUGAGUCAAGUGCUGAGCAGGCGACGUCCUGGGGGAGAAUUCAAUGGGGUACCUGUUGAUCCAGGACUGGCAUACCGCGAUACAGAGGACGCAGAAGUUUGCCUACAGGCGAUUUUGAUUGUCGGCAGUCUGGCUCAAGGCGGCCCUACCUUUCUUGCCCCGAUAUUUGCCAGUGACAUUGUUCCAACCCUUCUAUCGAUUCUUUCGUCUCCCGACUCUCCUCCCUCCUUCACCCUAUCGAUUCUACGCUUUCUGAACACGAUUGCAGACCGAUUGCCACUCCAAAGUCAGGACCAAUGGCCGCGAGAUACGCGACUGGCCGACCUGGUCUUCUCGGGAGAGCAUCUAGGCGCAAUCAGACGAAUCAUCGCCCAGGAUCUGGGGUCGGCACGCAAUCGGGCCAGCAGCGAGCAAGCUGCUGCGUUGGUCGGAAAGCUGUGCACCCAGGAGACACAUAAGAGAGCAUUGGCGGUUUCUGGGGUUUUGGAUGCGCUUGCGGUGAAGAUCGCUUCGUUCGUCGUGGCACAGGGCUAUGUUCCUCCCGGAGCAGAGCAGUAUCUGAAAGACCCCGGCUCGCUGGGGGCCUUUCCUGAACCAGCGCCGUCCUCUGCACGCCUGGCGCCUUUUCUCCGUGCCGUGACCGUUAUUAUCGAGCAUUCCAAGUGGCGAGCAGAACAUUUCUUGUCAUCACCGGGGAUUGUGACUGUCUUCCCAAAGCAGAUGCUCGAGUUUACCUCCAACGACAUCAGAAAGGGUCCUUGGGGUUCCACGUACCUCUCCGGGUCCGCCGUUCCGCGCAACCCGGGUCAUAAUCCUGUUGACAGUUUGUUGCCGUCGGUACCGCUUGUGCAUGGACGAUCAUCUCCAGGAUCAGCCAAUUUCCCUCCCUUGGGGAAUAGUGAGACUCGUCAUCGGCACAGCCAGUCAUUCCCACGGCCGUAUGCAAUCGGUGAAUCCUCUACCCCAGAUGAGCAAGAGAACUCGAUCGUACCGUGGCUACUGUGUCUUCUCCGUUCCGAGAGAGACAUGACACGAUUGAUGGCUGCCCGGCUGGUAACAGUCCUUUUUCGCCUGGGUUUCGCGAAGAAACACCGAGUGCCGCAAUUCAGCUGUCUGCUCGUUCCCAUUCUACUUCGCAUGUUGGAAAAAGACUACGAAAUCUCCAAUGACGACGACCUGUGUGACGAUGGUCUCAUUACGCCAACACAACGCGUUAAGGAGGAAGCGCCCACAGUGCUGGCAAAUCUAGUCAUGGAUGAUCAAGACCUCCAGAAACACGCUGUCGACGGCAAUGCGCUCAAUAGAUUGUCGCAGCUGCUCAAGGAGACGUACAAUCCGGUUUCUGAGAAGUCACAGCCAAUGUGGUAUGCCGACGGCGAUACCCCAGCGCGAGAUCCUGAGACCGUAUCGGCGGAUUGCUGCCUGGGGCCCCCUGGAUACUCACCCACCCUAUGUCACAUCAUGCGUUAUCGUGAAAGUAUCCUGAAAGCUUUAGCAGCACUCGUGCCGUUCAAGGACGAAUACCGAAAGGCUGUUUGCGAGAACGGUGUUGUACCUUAUAUCAUUGAUUCCCUGAAGCCCCGACCUAGUGACGCGCCUGCAGAUGCCGCUUCUAUGCCGAAAAACUCAGCUGCUGAUGGGAAUCCCACACCCACCAUCCUGGCUGCCUGUGGCGCUGCUCGGAUGUUGACUCGCUCUGUCAGUGUGCUGAGGACUAGUCUCAUUGACGCGGGGGUGGCUGAGCCCUUGUUCGUCUUGAUCAAGCACCCGGAUCUGGAAAUCCAGAUAGCCGCCACGGCGGCGAUCUGUAACUUGGCCCUUGAUUUCAGCCCCAUGAAACAGGCGAUCAUAUCUGCGGACAUCAUUCCAAUUCUCUGCGAUCAUGCACGCUCGACCAACAUCAAGCUUCGUAUAGAAUCGCUCUGGGCUUUGAAGCACGUGGUCUACAAUUCACCCAAUGAUAUUCGCGUGAAGGUGAUUGAAGCUCUCACUCCCGGUUGGAUUCGAGAUAUCAUUAGUUCAGAUCAGGUCACCGCCCUCGCGCGACGCGGAAUCGAGGAUGAACUCGAUCAGAGCUCAGCCAUCGCAAUGGGUCGUGCGAAUUCCUUUGGUGAGCAGAUCGAUAUACUCAAUCCCAUGGAGGACUCGGGAGAACAAGGCGAGGAUUCCACCAUGUCCGAUAGCAUUCCGUCUUCCAAAAUGAGUUUGGAUCGAUUUCUACCGGAUGCUAGACGCCAGAGAAAGCUUGCGCUCCACGGAUCGCUUGAGCAGUCCACUCAGUCUCGCCAGGAUGACAUAGCCGUCCAAGAACAGACGUUUAAUCUGCUGCGCAACAUCAUUUGUGGAGAUGGAGCCAUCGAGAUGAUUGACUACUUGCUGCGGGAAAUUGGACAGGACGAGUUUCUCUCGGCCCUUGCAAACAACCUCCGUCCCCGCACAAUCCAACUCCCCCAUCGCCGUGACGUGCCUAUCCGUCCUAUCCUGGUCCCGUCAGAAAUUCUCAUCUCGGUCAGCGCCUUGAUUAUCCACCUCGGGGCUGGCCUUCCGCGCCACCGGCAGAUGGUGAUGAAUCAUCCUGAUCUGUUGCCCGCAUUGAUCAAUUAUUUUAACCACUCCAACCGUGAAGUGCGACUCAAUUGCGUGUGGGUUGUCAUCAAUCUGAUCUACAUGGAGGAUCAGAGUGACCGUGACGGAUGUCGUGCUCGGGCGAGUCGUCUGAAAGCCAUGGGAGUUGCAGAGCUUCUGGCCAGUCUUGAGGGUGACUCGGACCUGGAUGUGAAGGAGCGUACAAAGACUGCGAUGCACCUAUUGAACAUUUAA